AUGUGGAUACUGUCCAAUGAUGGUGAUGAUAGUGAUGGUGAUGAUGAUGAUGAUAAUGAUGAUGAUAGUGAUGAUAAUGAUAGUGGUGAUGAUGACAGUGGUGAUAGUGGUGAUGGUGAUAGUGGUGAUGAUGAUGAUAGUGAUGAUGAUGAUGAUGAUGAUAGUGAUGAUGAUGAUAGUGGUGAUGAUGAUAGUGGUGAUGAUGAUGAUAGUGGUGAUGAUGAUGAUAGUGAUGAUGAUGAUAGUGGUGAUGAUGAUGAUAGUGGUGAUAGUGAUGAUGGUGAUAGUGGUGAUGAUGAUGAUAGUGAUGAUGAUGAUAGUGGUGAUGAUGAUGAUAGUGAUGAUGAUGAUAGUGGUGAUAGUGAUGAUGGUGAUGAUGAUGAUAGUGAUGAUGAUGAUGAUAGUGGUGAUGAUGAUGAUAUUGACGAUAAUGAUAGUGAUGAUAGUGAUGAUAGUGAUGAUGAUGAUAGUGAUGAUAAUGAUAGUGAUGAUAGUGAUGAUGAUGAUAGUGAUGAUAAUGAUAGUGGUGAUGAUGAUAGUGGUGAUAGUGGUGAUAGUGAUGAUAGUGAUGAUAAUGAUAGUGGUGAUGAUGAUGAUAGUGGUGAUGAUGAUGAUAUUGACGAUAAUGAUAGUGGUAAUGAUGAUAGUGAUGAUAAUGAUAGUGGUGAUAGUGAUGAUGAUGGUGGUGAUAGUGAUGAUGAUGAUAGUGGUAAUGAUGAUGAUAGUGGUGAUGAUGAUAGUGUUGAUGAUGAUGAUAGUGAUGAUGAUGAUAGUGGUGAUGAUGAUGAUAGUGGUAAUGAUGAUGAUAGUGGUGAUGAUGAUAGUGUUGAUGAUGAUGAUAGUGAUGAUAGUGAUGAUGAUGAUGAUAAUGAUAGUGGUGCUGAUGAUGAUAGUGAUGAUAAUGAUAGUGGUGAUGAUGGUAGUAGUGAUGGUGAUGAUAGUGGUGAUGAUGAUAAUGGUGAUGAUGAUGAUGAUGAUGAUGAUGAUGAUGAUAGUGGUGAUGAUGAUAGUGGUGAUGAUGAUGAUAGUGAUGAUAAUGAUAGUGGUGAUAGUGUUGAUGAUGAUGAUAGUGGUAAUGAUGAUAGUGAUGAUGAUGAUGAUAGUGAUGAUAAUGAUAGUGGUGAUGAUAAUGAUAGUGGUGAUAGUGAUGAUAAUGAUAGUGGUGAUAGUGUUGAUGAUGAUGAUAGUGUUGAUAAUGAUAGUGGUGAUAGUGUUGAUGAUGAUGAUAGUGGUAAUGAUGAUAGUGAUGAUGAUAGUGAUGAGGAUGAUGAUAGUGAUGAUAAUGAUAGUGGUGAUAGUGUUGAUGAUGAUGAUGAUAGUGGUAAUGAUGAUAGUGAUGAUGAUAGUGGUAAUGAUGAUAGUGAUGAUGAUGAUGAUAGUGGUGAUGAUAAUGAUAGUGGUGAUAGUGUUGAUGAUGAUGAUAGUGGUAAUGAUGAUAGUGAUGAUGAUGAUGAUAGUGAUGAGGAUGAUGAUAGUGAUGAUAAUGAUAGUGGUGAUAGUGUUGAUGAUGAUGAUAGUGGUAAUGAUGAUAGUGAUGAUGAUGAUGAUAGUGAUGAUGAUGAUGAUAGUGAUGAUAAUGAUAGUGGUGAUGAUAAUGAUAGUGAUGAUAGUGAUGAUAAUGAUAGUGGUGAUAGUGUUGAUGAUGAUAAUGGUGAUGAUGGUGAUGAUGAUAGUGAUGAUGAUGAUAGUGGCAACGAUGAUGAUGAUGAUGAUGACAGUGUUGAUAGUGAUGAUGACAGCGAUGAUAGCAAUGAUGAUAGUGAUGCUGAUGAUAUUGAUAGUGAUGAUAAUGAUGAUGAUAGUAAUGAUAGCAAUGAUGAUAGUGACAAUGAUGAUAGUGACAAUGAUGAUAGUGACGAUAGUGACGAUGACAAUAGUGACGAUGAUGAUAGUGAUGAUAGUGACGAUGAUGAUAGUGACGAUAGUGACGAUGAUGAUAGUGAUGAUAGUGAUGAUAGUGACGAUGAUGAUAGUGACGAUGAUGAUAGUGACGAUGAUGAUAGUGACGAUGAUGAUAGUGACAAUGAUGAUAGUGACGAUGAUGAUAGUGACGAUGAUGAUAGUGACGAUAGUGACAAUGAUGAUAGUGACGAUGAUGAUAGUGGUGAUGACAGUGAUGAUAGUGACGAUGAUGAUAGUGACGAUGAUGAUAGUGACGAUGAUGAUAGUGACGAUGAUGAUAUUGACAAUGAUGAUAGUGACGAUGAUGAUAGUGACGAUGAUGAUAGUGACGAUAGUGACAAUGAUGAUAGUGACGAUGAUGAUAGUGGUGAUGAUAGUGACGAUGAUGAUGAUAGUGAUGAUGAUGAUAAUAUAAACCCUGUUUGUCUC